AUGUCCGAUAACAUUCCUUUAGCCAGACAGCGGCAAUGUGCAGAUUUUACCUGCGAGGAUGAAAAAUACAUUCUCGAUAUAUGUAGCUGUGCGUUGCCGGAAAUUCAUGGUCGAGGUGAAUCGAGGAAACAGGUCUUCGUUUACAUAACCAGAGCCAAAGAAAAUGAAAGAUUAACUUUCCUUGAGGUAGUAUUAAUCGCAUUGUAUAUCGCCCCUGUAGGUAACCCUCUCCUCUCCCAAAUAAUGAUAACAAUGAUAAUAAUACAAUGAUAAUAUUAUUAGAAAGUGAUAAUGGCGGGAGUUUGUAAAUUAUUAUUUUAGGUAUUUUUGUUUCAUCAAAAUUUUUAGUCUACGAUAGUGGGAUGUAAAUUGGUCAUAUGUUAAUAAAUUAAACAUUUUUAUUUCUCUGAUAAUAUUAUUAAUAAUCCUAAAAAUAAUAAUAAUAAUAAUAAUAAUAAUAAUAAUAAUAUGAUGAUGAUGAUGAUGAUGGUGAUGAUGAUGAUGAUGAUGAUGAUGAUCUGUCUUCCAGGAGUAGAUAAAUUAAAACAACAAUAAAAAAGUGAAUCAAUCAAUCUAUACUAUAAUAAUUAUAAAUUAUUGAAAACUGAAUCAUUGGAAAAUGUAAUUCUAGAGCGCUGAUUGACUUAGUCAUCAUGGUAUAUGAGCCAUUUCAGCUGCCAUUAUACCAUGCUCUCCAAAUAUGGUAACUGUACGCCUCUGUUCAAAAAUAAAAAGAAGCUGAAAAUCGGUUGUUUUUACAAAUAAUGUCGGAAAGAAUACUCGAUAUGUUGUUGGCGUUUUUAAUAAAAAAAAAUUUCCACUCGCCCUUGUAAGAUAUGGGAUGUUUGCAGCUAACUCGGUGCUAAGCGCCUCGUUGUAUAUCUUCCAUCUCAUAUCCACCUUGCACUCGUGGAAUAAUUGUCAAUUAUAUUUUUUCUUUAACUCAGUACUGACAGAGGACACCAUGCAAUGUCAUUAACUACAUUUUAGUUUAGUUUUUUUUUCUCUACUUAUUAUAGGAGGAGAAAACUAGAUUGGGCAUGAUUAGAGUAUACAAUGACAGGUUCUGCUGGAAAAAGAAGAAAGAAGAUGAGGUGCUUAUUGUAAAAAUGAAGAUGGAAGAUUUUGACUCUUCUAGUAAACCGGUAAGACAUAUUGUAUUCCCUCCCCCCGACAAUUUAUAAUAGGUGAAGUCUAACAUAGGCCACGGUUUAGUAAAUCUUUGGACGACGGAAUCUCUUCCAUAUUGGGUUGAUUUAAGAAAAUAAGUACUUUUUCAGUCUGCACCUUUUGCUUUCAUAAAACUUUUCAUGGUAAAUAGCGUUAAGAAUUCGACACUAGGGAAAUUGAAUUAGAACGCGACUUUGUUAAACACUGGCUAAAGUUUUUUUAAAUAACUGGCCCUACAAGUUACUAUACAAGGAAGUAAACUGGAAAGGAACACCAAAAACAUUUCUUCGCCAAUAUAUAAGUGUUUUCAAUUUAAGCCUGAUGACAAAGUGCAAAGCUGUUUCAAUGGAAAUUAUUUAAACAAGUGACAGUUCAAACUAAUUAAAAUUUUCUUAGUUUGUUUAUAUUCACUUUUUCAGAUUGCAUGCCAGUGAAACAUUUAAAUAUUAUUUACUCGUUUGUAUCUAAGACAUGGAAAAUGCACAGAAAAAUUAAAAGCUGGACUGGCUUCUUCUAACGUACUAGUUUUUUUUUCUUUUCAUAUUUAUGUUAUUUAUUUAGUUAGUUCAUUAUUUAUUUAUUUUUUAUUCAUUUGACAGAAUUUGCUAACCUACGGAUAUCUGACUUUUUUUGGUAGAUUGAAAGGCGUAAAAUUGACGAGAUGCGAAAUCCAGAGAAAGUCACUUUCACGUUGCCUUUUUGCGAUGCAUCCGUCAUGAGAUUCGGAUUGAGUUUAACCACAAAGUUAUUGAACGAAAGCGUUUGCGACGAGGUCCUGUUGGAAACAGAAUAUUUAAAGGCCAGCUUUUCCACAGUAAGUAGUAUAGCACCCCACAAGUUGUACUUGUAUGCACGGUCCAUAAUAUAAUACUACUGAAGAAGAGGAAAACACGAGGAACAUUACAGCGAUAUAACAAUUAAUGAAAAUUCCAGAACUCAGAAUCAAAAUAUUUAAAUACCAACGAGACGCUUUCUAAACGUGAAUUUACUUCCUUGGAUAAAUUUAACUGCUUUAAUCUUCACCAGCAGUGCCAAAGACUGAAUUCGAAGUCGAAGGAUUUUCCUACGGCCAUAGCAGACGCUUUAUUUUAUUUAAUUUAUUAUUUUGAAGAGUACUCGAAGAUAACUCAAACCCACGAUAACUCUAACCUCCCGCUAACUCGGUGUAAGUUCAGAAAAGUUCGCCCCAAUUUUUGAUCAUUUCCUUAUUUCCAGAUACCCCACCAGGAGACAAGACCAGGGAUUGAACAUGGUCACAUGACCAGUGAAUCAGUAGCGGUAGCUUAG